AUCAUCUUCUUUUUUUUCCAUCUCUCUCUCUCUCUUUUAUAAACCUCUUUCGAAAUUUCUCACCGAUCUCUCAAAGCUUUUCUCUCAUCCAAAUUCUUCUUCUGUGUGAUUCAACACUGAUUCUCUUUGGAGCUGCUUAAUCGUGAAAUUGAGUUCGUGAUUUUGUUGAAGGGAGCAGAGGAAUUUCAGAAUAUGGCGCCCAGUAAAACGACGUCGAAGAGUGUCAGCAAGCGCUUCACCAAAGAAGCCUCUCCACCAGAUAUAGACAAAGUCAAGCAACAACGUAAGAAGAAAUUGACUGACAAGGUGGGACCUCAGUGGACGAAAGGUGAGCUUGAGCGUUUCUAUGAAGCCUAUAGAAAGCACGGCAGAGACUGGAAAAAGGUAGCUGCUGCUGUGCGGAAUAACCGCUCUGUUGACAUGGUGGAAGCUCUUUUCUACAUGAAUCGGGCAUAUUUGUCCCUGCCCGAAGGAACGGCGUCUGUAGUUGGUCUUAUUGCAAUGAUGACUGAUCAUUACAGCGUCAUUGAGGAGAACGAAAGUGAAGGAGAAGGCCACGGUGGUUCUGGAGUAUCGAGGAAAUAUCAUAAGAGCAGACGAGCUAAAGUUCCGCCUAAUGAUAUUCGAGAAGAAGCUAUCUCACCACAUUCAGUUGCAUCAACGGAAGGAUGCCUUUCAUUUAUGAAGAUGACACAAGUUUACGGAAGGGAGCGACGUGCCACUGGUAAACGUACACCUCGGUUUCUUGUACCAGGUGCAGACCAGAGGGAUGAUAUAGAUGAUUCAACGCCACUAAAUAAAAGAGCCAAGAUACUACUUGAGGCUGCUGAUGAUGAUGCUGAUGAUGAUGAUGAUGAUGUACUAGCAUUAGCAUUGGCAAAGGCAUCGAGAAGGGUGGGAGGAUCUCCUUAUAGAAGAACAGUACUCAACAAAAGCACGCCAAAUGUGAAAAUGUCACAAGCAAAGGAAGCUGAAUCCAAGAACCGUGCUAGCUCCAUGUUUGAAAAUGUGGUGAGAAUAGGCCGAGAUAGGACGAGUGUUAAGGGAGCUCCAGAUAGAGAUGGUGCCGUGUUGAGGGAUAUGGAAGGGGUUGGUACCGUCGAGGUUCCCCUGAUGGAGAAAAAUGUGAGACACGAAGAAGGAGAAGGGUUGGUAAAUGUUGAAGCCCCAAAAGAUAAAUUUGAAGCUCUGCAUGCAUUGGCUGACUUGUCAGCUUUACUAACGCCGGCUGAUUUGAUGGAAUCAGAGUCAUCUGCAGAGUUAGAACAAGAAAACCAAAACAGAAAAGAACCAAAACAAGCAGGACGAGGAGAAAGUGUCCUACAUGUAACUUCAGCUGCUGAUAGUAGAAAACCGAAGUCUGCGGAGGAACUCGUUGAUGGUAAUGCUGUUCCCAUAGGGGAACUUGUCACUUCAAGAAGAAAACGUAAACCUCCACAUAAUAAGGAAUUGGCUGAAGAUGAUAAUUUGAAGACUCCGAUCAACGCCAGACGUGCUGGUCAAGGUCCAGCAAAGCAGCAGAAAACUGCAAAGACCUCGGGAGAAUCUUUUUCAACUAAUGAUAAGAAAAUAACUGGACCGAAUGACGUAGUAUCAGCUACACCGCGUCCAGCGAGUUUGCCGCAGAAACAACCAAACAGGCGUAAGAUUAGUUUGAAGAAGAGUUUACAAGAAAGAAGUAAAUCUUCUGAAGCCACUCAUAACAAGUCACAUAGUUACCAGAUAGAUCCAGAACAUGAAUUAUUAAAGGAGCAGGUUUCCACUUGUCUGUCACACCCAUUGGUACGUCGAAGAUGCAUAUUUGAAUGGUUCUAUAGUGCUAUUGACUAUCCAUGGUUUGCAAAGAUGGAGUUUGUUGAUUAUCUAAAUCAUGUGGGUCUUGGUCACGUUCCAAGACUUACGCGUCUUGAAUGGAGCGUCAUUAAGAGUUCUCUUGGUAGACCUCGGAGAUUCUCUAAGAGAUUCAUACAGGAAGAGCGGGAUAAACUCGAACAGUAUCGUGAAUCUGUGAGAAAGCAUUACACAGAGCUACGUGCAGGUUCCAAAGAAGUGCUUCCUACAGAUUUGGCGCAGCCUUUAUCAGUUGGGAGUAGAGUCAUUGCCAUCCAUCCAAAAACACGGGAAAUUCGUGAUGGCAAGAUUAUUACUGUGGAUCAUAACAAGUACGACGUUCUGUUUGAUGAAUUGGGUGUCGACGUGGUUAUGGACAUUGAUUGCAUGCCUUUAAAUCCUUUUGAAUACAUGCCUGACGGUCUAAGGAGGCAAAUGGAUAACUGCUUGUCAGUAUGGAAAGAAGCACAGCUUACCAAACACCCAAGCUCUGAUGCAUCUGUUCUGUUCCCUCCUUCCAUGCUUGAAAAUCUCGACUUUUCUAUGAGUCUUACUAAGAAAGAGGCUGCAUCUUCGGUGAAGGAUGACGAAGACGCAGGGAAGAUGAUCCAACAGGCUUUAGACUCAAUCAGCGAACAUCAUCAGCCAUUAGAUAACUCUAUAGUGACUGUGAAGCAUCAAGACCAAGCGAAUUGCAGCUUGGAUCAUCAUCAAAGCCGGUCUCCCUCAAACACAGGAGAGCCGAUGUCUGAAGGAUUGAUUAGCUCUUGUGUUGCAACUUGGCUCAUGAUUCAGAAAUGCACAGAAAAGCAGUACCCACCAGGUGACGUGGCGCAGGUGAUGGAGACAGCAGUGAGUAGCUUGCAGCCGCGGUGUCCCCAGAACAUGCCGAUCUACAGAGAAAUACAGACUUGUAUGGGAUGGAUCAAGAAUCAAAUCAUGGCUCUUGUCAAAACAUGA